UUGGCCAACUGCCUGCUUGCUGACCUGAAGCGAAAUGGCCUUCUUCGUCUGGGUUUUGGCUUUGGCCAUUACAAGCCUCAUUGUCUUGAUCUAUAUCUACCAGAAAAUGGGCGGUUCAAGGUGGAGGAGACAAGUCCGAAAGCAUCGGCGUGUCCGGGUGGACCAUCAGCGUCUACGUAAGCAUCCCUCUAAAAAAACUGAACAUCGGAUGCCAGGACCUGUUUACGUGGAACAGCCUUGGCUUACUGAGUGUCUGUCACAGGGUGACUGUUACUUUAAAUGUGGACAAUGGCGAAAAGAAAAACCUGCCCAUCACAUGAGGAGACCUCUCAGCGUCCAAGAUCUUUGGCUCGCUCUAGGACUGGGUGGAUUUCUCCCGGAGCAUGAGCGCUGGCUACAAGAAUUUCUCUGUGGCAUGAUGAGACCUAUGCUGGCACGUUUUAUGCAUUCCCUACAGAAGAGGAAUGGGGGUAACAACCCAAGGGAUGGCCCGCAUCCUCAGGCUAGGGUGGGAGUGCUAAAUCUGCCACCCACUCCACUGGUGCCAGGGGGACCGGUAAAGUGGGGCUAUCGGGGUCUAAACUAUGGGGACUUUUUAUGGGACAGGGCAGUUAAUCAGAAAAGAAUCCCACCUCUCCUUUUCACCCUGGGGGGCUUCACACUGCUGUGCAUCACAGCCAAAGCUGCACACAGGCCCAAGAAACAAUUUGCUAGGAUUGGAGCUAGACUGACACAUUGGGGUGAUGGGGAGUGCCACUGAAGAACAGGCAGCUGAGCAAGAUUCUAGCAGGCAGAUCAGGACCUUGGAUAGCUCUGGGCAGGGACAGUUGCACUGGAGGGAAAAACCAGAGCAGGGUAGACCUUGCUUCAGCAGUGUUGACAAGUCCACUGCAGGCUUCGAUCUCUGGCUGGCUAGCACAACAGUUUUGCCAUAUACUGAGUGGCAGUAUACCAUUGGUCCAUCUAGCUCAGUAUUGUCUACACAGAGUGGCAGCGGCUUCUCCAAAGUUGAUUGUUCAGCAUCAUUCUAGUAGCACUCUGUGGUUCUGGAUGUCAGCCACCAUCUGCGGAAAUGCAUUUUUGGUCCUCGGGGUACUGAGCCUGUGCUGAACCUUUCUGCCUCAGAUCCAAGAGCCUCAGUUCGCCCCAAGACUGGGUAGAUCUUGCCAUGGGAGUGAGCAUCACCUAAGGAAUCUGAACAUCUCAUGUCAACACCUAUCCAUAUGCAUUUUAUGCAAGGCUUAAGUCUCCUAUAGAAGAUGAAUGGGGGUUGGAACCGAGGGGUCGAUAGCAUUCUUGGGCCAUGUAGAGAGUACUAGAUCUUUCCCCCAUUGCACUUGUGCAAGGGGGUUCUGGUAGAGUGGCGGCAUCUGGGUCUGAGCUGUGGGGACCUCCUUCCUCUGAGUCAGGAACAGGGCUAGAUUGGCACAGUUGCUCAGAAGAUAUCUUUUUUCUGCUCCUGCUCCUGCUCCUCCCACUGCUGGGCAUCAUCACUGUCAGGGCACAGAAAGAAAAGCAACAGAAGGAUGCUAUGGAGAGAGUCACUACCACAUCUGGCAUUGUCCCUGUAGCAUCAGGUGGUCCAAAUAUCCCCCCUCAGUGGAAGCCUUUUCAGGUUGAGGUACUCCUCAAUCCGAGGCCAGCGAUGGGGUCUGUCAGUACAGAGCAUGUUUCUGUUUUCAUUGGCAUCCAAUGCCUACUUUCAUCCUAAUACGUAAUCCUAAUUAUGUAAUACAUAAUGCUAUCAGAGCUUGUCUACCCCACAGACUUCAUGUGGUUGAAUCUUUUCUUUUGUUAGCAUUGCCACUGCAGGCCAUGUAGCAAUUCAUACUUUGUGAACAAGACAGAUCUCUCCUUUCAAGACAUUACACAAAUAGUUUGGGGGGAAACAUGACUUAUAGACUUGGAAAAGAAAAUUCACCAAGUCAUUUCAUAGUAUGGCUACAUGAUCGUCCAUGCAUUGGUGAAUAUGCUUGUCCAAACUGGCAGCUGUGAUCCUUUCAGGGCACACUUGCAAAAUCUCUCUUGAAGAUAAAAUGGAUAGGCUAAUAGGGUGGUGUCUGCAGUCAUGCAGUGAGUUAACGGUACAGCCUUAAGUAUUGUGCAGCCUCCAGAUUUCCCCUCCACUCCUCCCUCGGGGAGGAGGAAUCCUGCUGCAGGCCUGUCUUGAGAGCCCUCUUCCAAAAACCAACCCUUGUGUGGUGUCUGUGAAGGUUCAAUAGACAACACACUACAGAGCUGUUCUCAUCAUGGCCAUUAGCUUGGUAGGACAAGCUUCCAGCCAGUCUCAGGAGCUGUGUGCCCUCCCACUAUGGAGUCACGUAUGCAUCACAAACUGGAUCUGAGAAGAGGGAAAUGAACCCGGGGGAGGUGGGCACAGACUCUGGCAGGGCCAUGCUACCCAGCACACUCAGCCAGCAAAUUACCCAGAUCGGAGGAAAUGCCUUUACAGCCUGUGCCCGCCUCCCACGGGACCCUCCCCUCCGACGACCCAGCCCCCAACUCACACGCUAGUUGGGGAACAGCAAAAACAUGCACAACCCCCCAAGGAGAACAGGAUUCCUGUACCAUUCAGUCUGUGAUUUGGACUGUGAAAACAGCAGUCCUGAGAGAACGUUGAGUAUUCCCAUGAUGGAGCUGAGAUUUCAGAAGUGGGUCUGUGUUCUUUUCUUGAUGUCUUUGACACAAAGUGCGGAAAGGCAGGAUUGCGUUGGCCACUACUUGAUCUGUUGUCAUUAACCUUCUCACCAUGGGUAUUUGCAAAAAACUCCACCGAAGAAUGGUGCAGACAAAGCAGCUCAUCCCACAGAAUACUGCAAGCCAUGGAGGUAGUGUUAGGGAAAUGAUGCCGUUCCUAACAUAGCGGAGCUGGGGAGGACCAGCAGAGCUUCAAUAGAGAACACACUCAAGAGAGCUGUUCUCAUGGCCAUCAACUGGGUCAGACAAGCUCUCAGCCAGUCCCAAGCCCCAGUCACGUAGGAAUCAUCAACAUCCUCAGAGAAGAGGAGGAGACACCCGUGGGAGGCAGGCACAGACUCCGCAGGUUUCACCCUACUCAGCCAAACUUCACUAACAGCUUGUAUAUAAGACCCAAGAAGUGAUCGGCAUUUGAGUUAUAAAUCUCUCAAAUUCUGCCACAUCUCUGAGAAUACCACCUUGCUUUUGUAUUUCCUUCUGUGCUAUGCUCUUGAUUGGUGAAUCUUGAAACCAGCCUCCACUGCAAACUCCAGCCCUGUCCACCACCAAGGACGAACGGACCCGACCCUACUUUGUGGUAAGCACCCUCCCUUUCCAGGGAAUCCUGAGCACUCUAGUUCUGUGGGGUGGAG